CGAGGCACGCAAGGAGCGGCAGUUGUCAGGAAGCUUUGGGAGGAAUGUAGUGGAGAUUAGGGGGGGACGGACGCGGUACGAACUCGACCUGGAGCAAGGAGGACGAACGGGCAAUGUUUUCCCUCUGGUUGUGGCAGAAGGUAUCUGUGGGAAUUAGGACUAUACCUAUCGACGUCUUAUCAUGGAAUCACGUUUGGGAUUGUAUUAGCUCUGCGGCAAGAAGACAAGGUCACUCAAGAGAAGAAAGAUGUUGUCCACUCAGGCCUGGCAGUGUCAGUACGUCCUGUGCCAUACGACCAUUCAGACCUGGCAAAGCGUCACAUCGACUGAGUGUAUCGCUGCGAGCUAUUGAUGAUACUGACAUAAUCAGCAGAACCGUUCGAUGUCGAAGCCUACGUAGUAUAGUCAUGGAUGCCAUCUCCCUUGCUCGGUUUCGAAAUCGGCGGGCAUCGACGGUGGGGUCUGGCACGGAAUCGAGGGCGUUGCAAAGACUUACAAAAAAAAAGCCGAUGGAAAAGGCCGAAUCGCAACGCCAUUUGCAUGGCUCGAGGGGCACUAAGAGCUCACGGCGUCAAGUUCCUCGUGGGAAGUAUGUUAUCGUUUGCAAUCAAACUUUGGCAUUGAGGGGCGUGGGUAACAUGGAGCUCUUAUGCAUCAUCGACAUCAGCGAGCCAGUCUCUGAGAGGACGAUUCCGACGAGUAUGGACGGACGGCAAGUGACUUUCUGCCUGGAUGGAUAGCCAACGGGAAGGAAGAGGGAAAGAUGGCCAACUCAGUAUUAUCAUGUCUUGGCAGUAACAAUUUGCGUGUAGAGAGAGGCUAACGAUACUCUGAAGAGGUACGAAUAGUGCGAGGGAGAAACGCGUUUCCA